ACGCUGAUGGACUCAACCACCGCCACUGCGGAGCUGGGCUGGAUUGUACAUCCUACAUCCGGGUGGGAGGAAGUGAGUGGAUACAAUGAAAACAUGAACACCAUCCGGACCUAUCAGGUGUGCAACGUCUUUGAGUCUAGUCAGAACAACUGGCUCCGUACCAGAUACAUCCGGAGACGAGGAGCUCAGCGUAUCCACGUGGAGAUGAAAUUCUCUGUCCGGGACUGUAGCAGCAUCCCCAACGUCCCUGGCUCCUGCAAGGAGACCUUCAACCUUUAUUACUAUGAAGCCGACUUUGACUCGGCCACCAAAACCUUUCCCAACUGGAUGGAGAACCCAUGGGUCAAAGUGGAUACAAUUGCAGCAGAUGAAAGUUUUUCCCAGGUGGAUCUUGGGGGAAGGGUGAUGAAAAUUAACACAGAGGUUCGGAGCUUUGGGCCUGUCUCCAGGAAUGGCUUCUACCUAGCCUUUCAAGACUAUGGUGGCUGCAUGUCCCUCAUUGCCGUCCGUGUGUUCUACCGAAAGUGCCCCCGUGUGAUCCAGAAUGGGGCUGUCUUCCAGGAGACCCUGUCCGGGGCUGAGAGCACAUCUUUGGUGGCUGCUCGGGGCACCUGCAUCCCAAAUGCUGAAGAGGUAGACGUUCCCAUUAAACUCUACUGCAAUGGGGAUGGGGAGUGGCUGGUGCCCAUCGGGAGAUGUAUGUGCAAGGCUGGCUACGAAUCAGUGGAGAAUGGGACUGCCUGCCGAGGCUGCCCUUCUGGGACCUUCAAGGCCAAUCAGGGGGAUGAAGGAUGCACUCACUGCCCCAUCAACAGCCGGACCACUUCAGAAGGAGCCACUAACUGUGUCUGCCGCAAUGGGUACUACCGAGCUGACUUAGACCCGCUGGAGAUGCCCUGCACCACCAUCCCUUCUGCGCCUCAGGCUGUCAUCUCCAGCAUCAAUGAGACCUCACUCAUGCUAGAGUGGACUCCACCCCGGGACUCAGGGGGCCGAGAGGACCUGGUUUACAACAUCAUCUGCAAAAGCUGCGGCUCAGGCCGGGGCGCCUGCACCCGCUGCGGGGACAACGUGCAGUUUGCCCCGAGACAGCUGGGUCUGACGGAGCCCCGUAUCUAUAUCAGCGACCUCCUGGCCCACACCCAGUACACCUUCGAGAUCCAGGCGGUGAACGGGGUCACUGACCAGAGUCCCUUCUCACCCCAGUUUGCUUCCGUCAAUAUCACCACCAAUCAGGCAGCCCCUUCUGCUGUGUCCAUCGUGCACCAAGUGAGCCGGACGGUGGACAGCAUGACUUUGUCCUGGUCCCAGCCUGACCAGCCCAACGGUGUCAUCCUUGACUAUGAACUACAGUACUACGAAAAGGACCUGAGUGAGUACAAUGCCACUGCAGUCAAAAGCCCCACCAACACAGUGACUGUGCAGGGCCUCAAAGCGGGCACCAUCUAUGUCUUCCAGGUGCGGGCACGCACCGUCGCGGGCUACGGGCGCUACAGUGGCAAGAUGUAUUUCCAGACAAUGACUGAAGCUGAGUACCAGACAAGCAUCCAAGAGAAGCUGCCUCUCAUCAUCGGCUCGUCCGCGGCGGGGCUGGUCUUCCUCAUUGCCGUGGUCGUCAUUGCCAUCGUGUGUAACAGAAGGCGGGGGUUUGAGCGUGCCGACUCCGAGUACACCGACAAACUGCAGCAUUACACCAGCGGCCACAUGACUCCAGGCAUGAAAAUCUACAUUGACCCCUUCACCUAUGAGGACCCCAACGAAGCCGUGCGAGAGUUUGCCAAGGAAAUUGACAUCUCUUGUGUCAAAAUUGAGCAGGUGAUUGGAGCAGGGGAGUUUGGUGAAGUCUGCAGUGGCCACCUGAAGCUGCCAGGCAAAAGAGAGAUUUUUGUGGCCAUCAAGACCCUCAAAUCGGGCUACACAGAGAAGCAGCGGCGGGACUUCCUGAGCGAGGCCAGCAUCAUGGGUCAGUUUGACCACCCCAAUGUCAUCCACCUAGAGGGCGUGGUCACCAAGAGCACACCAGUCAUGAUCAUCACUGAGUUCAUGGAGAAUGGUUCCCUGGAUUCCUUCCUCCGGCAAAAUGAUGGGCAAUUCACAGUUAUCCAGCUAGUGGGGAUGCUUCGGGGCAUUGCUGCGGGCAUGAAAUAUCUGGCAGACAUGAACUAUGUGCAUCGAGACUUGGCCGCCCGGAAUAUCCUGGUCAAUAGCAACUUGGUCUGCAAGGUGUCUGACUUUGGACUCUCACGCUUCCUGGAAGAUGACACCUCGGACCCCACCUACACAAGUGCCCUGGGUGGGAAGAUCCCAAUACGCUGGACAGCUCCAGAAGCCAUCCAAUACAGGAAAUUCACAUCUGCCAGUGAUGUGUGGAGUUAUGGAAUAGUCAUGUGGGAAGUGAUGUCCUAUGGGGAGAGGCCGUACUGGGACAUGACCAAUCAGGAUGUAAUCAACGCCAUAGAGCAAGACUACCGGCUGCCCCCUCCCAUGGACUGCCCCAAUGCCCUGCACCAGCUCAUGCUGGACUGUUGGCAGAAGGACCGGAACCACCGGCCCAAGUUUGGGCAGAUUGUGAACACAUUGGACAAAAUGAUUCGAAACCCCAACAGCCUCAAAGCCAUGGCACCACUCUCCUCUGGGAUCAACCUCCCCUUGCUGGAUCGCACGGUCCCUGACUACACCAGCUUUAACACGGUGGACGAGUGGCUGGAGGCCAUCAAGAUGGGCCAGUACAAGGAGAGCUUUGCCAACGCUGGCUUCACAUCCUUUGACGUCGUCUCCCAGAUGAUGAUGGAGGACAUUCUUCGUGUGGGCGUCACUCUAGCUGGUCAUCAAAAGAAAAUUCUGAACAGUAUUCAGGUGAUGCGAGCGCAGAUGAACCAGAUCCAGUCGGUGGAAGUUUGACCUUCAUCCCGCUUUCACCGUCCUCUUCCUCACGGCCCUGCUCCCCUUUGCCUCUGUGUGCCCCGGUCCCAGUUUUUGAGAGUCCUAUGUCCAACCACAGAGCCACCCACCUGCUCUGAGGACAGUGGCAACAGGUGGAACCCCUCCAGCCGAGAGAAGUCAUCAGAAAUACCGACAAUUGAAGC